AUGUCAGGACAAUCUGCUCUCCGUCUCGCAAAGGAAUUGAAAGAAUUGCAAAAGAAUCCAGUCGAAGGUUUCAGUGCUGGUUUGAAAGAGGACUCAAAUAUGUAUGAAUGGGAUAUUUUAAUUGUCGGACCACCUGAAACACUCUAUGAAGGAGGAAUGUUCCGUGCUAUUAUGACCUUCCCAGAAGACUAUCCAAACAGUCCACCAAAGUUGCAAUUCACUACUCCAAUUUGGCAUCCAAACAUUUAUUCAGAUGGUAAAGUGAAGACUGAACGUUGGUUGCCAAUUCACUCUGUUGAAUCUAUUUUAAUUUCAGUUAUUUCCAUGUUGUCUGUUCCAAAUGAUGAAUCACCUGCCAAUUUGGAUGCUGCUAAACAAUGGAGAGAAGACAAGGAAGGAUACAAGAAGAAAGUCAAGAGACUUGUUAAUGACUCUAUUGAAAACUUUUAUUAA